CAGUAUAAUUUUGACAGUAGAAGGAGAAGCAUUGUAUUGUUCGUUGAUGGCAGCUGAAUUUCUAAAGAUUUUUCUCUGAUUAAAAGUCUUGUUUACAUUGAUUGUGGUCAAGGUCAUUUGGUGAUACAUACUUAAAUACGGGUUUCGGAUACAUUGAUGUAAAUAAAAAAAAGUUUGUGAAUGAAUAAGCAGCGCUUAAUAAGCACAAGUUGUAAGAUAAAUCUUCGAAAAUGGAAAGUGUUUCCUUAGUAUGCACUGGUGACUAUAAUAGUCUAGUGAAUGCACUGGAUCGUGAUGACAUAAACUCAUUCCGCAGUGCAAUAAAUUCAGUAUCAGAAGCUGAAAAAAGAAAAAUAUUUGAGCUGGCGUGUCGAACACCAGGCCGUGCCCAAUUUAUUGAUGAGUGUAUUUCAGCCGGUUGUGAUGUUAAUGAGUUAAACGCACAGCAUAAGCGACCGAUCAACUUCGUUCUUGAGUCAAGUACUGAAGAAAAUUUGGCAGCAUUGCUAAGAGAUCCAAGUGUUGAUGUGAACGCAAAAAGCUAUAUGUACAAACAAACGCCAGUAAACUCCCUCACAGAAGAAAUAUCUGAUAAAAACUUUGAAAAAGUAUUCUCGUGUAUCAAACUACUAAUUAAAUACGGUGCUGAUUUGAGUGUGCCAGACAGACGAGAAAUAACUCCCAUGACAAAUAUAUUGAAGAAUCAUCACUUGAAUGUUUCCAAUAAAGAGGUGAUCGUGAGAUAUUUUGGACCACCAAAUAAUAUUCAAAUCAAUGAAGAAUGGGAUUUCAUUCGUCUGUUCUUUUCAUUGAAGAAUAAGAAAGAGGAUGAAUUUCUCGAAGGAUUAGCACAAGCUGAGACAAAUCCAAACUUACUUCAAGAGUUGUUUACUGCUUCUGUGGGCAUUGAAACGUUAUUAAUUGUUGCUGUCCGUGAAGAUUUGAUAAUGGCGUUGGAAAGAAUGCUUCAACUAGGAGCAGAUGUAAAUCAACAAACAAGUUCGUAUUUGAUUGUGCCUUCAAUGGCACGUUGGAUGUCCCAUUGGACGUCGCCUUGGCUGUCGCCAGCAAUAUGCGCAUGUAUUCGUGGUCACUGGAGAUCGCUGGAAACAUUAUUGAAAUCUCCGAAAUUGGGUGUGAAUUCGGCACCACUUUUACAGAUUAUUCUGGGAAAUUUUGGCUGCAAAGUAACAGAGAAGGUUGAUUACGAAAAGUGCUUUGAAUUAUUAUUGAAUCAUCCAAAUAUUGAUGUUAAUCUACAGGGUGCAUACACUCAAAACGUUCUUCAUCAUGCGGCUAUGUUCCAUAAUUCGAAACCAAUUCUUGAGCUAUUGAAAAAAGGGGCCUAUAUUGGAGGGCGAAAUGCAUUUAACGAAUUUUCAAUCUCGCAUAUUUCUGCCAAUGUACUUGAGAGCCAUUUCGACAGUUGCAUCACAACCAAUGGAUUUCGAUCGAGUGACGAUAAAUUUGAAAUUGAAUUCAACUUCAAAAACUUUGUUCCAUUUCACACAUUACAAACGGAUGAUAAUGCGGAUGAAAUGGGUGUGAUUGAAUACAUUUCAAAAUCGAAUGAGCUCAAACAUUUGACGAUGCAUCCACUGAUAGCCAGCUUCCUGUCCUUGAAAUGGAAGCGUUUAGCACCGUUCUUCUAUAUCAAUUUCUUUUUGUGUGCAUUAUUUUCUGUUACCACCGUUACAUAUAUUUUGGUGUAUUACAACUACCAUGAACAAAAUUCCGUGAUGCGUGUGAUCAUCUUCCUGUUAACCUUUUGUAUCGCAGCACGAGAAAUGUAUCAAUUCACAUUUUCACCAUUCGUCUACAUGAAGAGUUUGAAAAACUACUUGGAAUGCACGUUGGUUGUGCUGGUCAUGCUGAUUUUGUUUGAUGUGUGUCCAGACACAUGGCGUUGUACCUUCGCAGCUACGUCAAUCUUACUGAUUGCAACCGAAAUAUUUCUUUUGGCUGGGUCACUGCCAUUUUGGUCUUUUUGCACCCAUUAUGUCAUACUGAAAACGGUUAUCUGGAGUUUCUUGAAAUGUUUAUUACUGUAUGCCAUCAUUCCAUUGGCAUUUUCUCUUUCGUUCUUCACAUUGUUACACGAUCAUGUAGCCGAGCCAUUGGAAGAGAGUACGAAAGGAGAAACGAAUGAUGACAAAGCUGAUGGAGAUUUCAAUAAAUUCCCGAAUCUCGGGCUAUCAAUCAUGAAAACGUUGGUGAUGUCCACAGGUGAAUUCGACGCAGACAGCAUCGAUUUUAAAACAAACGCAUUCAAUUAUAUCGUCUUCAUAAUAUUUGUAUUCACUGUUACAAUUGUCCUUUUUAAUUUGCUAAACGGCUUGGCCGUGAGUGACACGCAGGCAAUCAAAUCACAAGCCGAACUAACAAGCUUUAUAAGUUGUGCACGAGUUUUAGCUCGAUAUGAAGGAGUGUUGGCCACGAGAUAUCCAACAUUCUUCAAAAUAUUUCCAUUUUGUGCAGGCAUCGACACAUUCAAAUUGCCAAAGUUGAUUAACCGCAUCAGGGUUACGCCAAAUGAUUCGAACAAGAUUCUUAUUAUGCCUGAUGAAGAGAUAUCAGUAUCGUGGUGGGUUCAUUUAAGAUUCUGUAAUCGAUGCAUUCGUAUGGAUUCGAAAGUGGUCAAAAUGGCGUUUGAUGUUUUGAAAAAGAAAAGAAAAGAACAACACGACGAAGAAGAAAGGGAAAAAUUCAAUAAACGAAUAACGAAAAUGGAAACGACAUUAGAGAAAAUUGCAGAUCGAUUAAUGAUGCCGAAGGAGAGAAAAAGAAAAUUGUCGCAAAAAAUUACUAAACGAUUUAUCAAAAUGGAAACUUUAUUGAAGAAGAUUGCAAAAAAAAUGAAUGACAGAGUGAAUUAAAUUUUUUUUUCGAAGGAUCUAGAAUUUCAUAGUGAUACUGUCAAUCAGGAGAUUUAAUCACAACACGAUAAGAUAGUGGUUAGUUUAACUAAUUAUUGAAAAAAAAAUAACGCGAUGCAGAGAAAAUGAUAUGAAUUAUUUUGCACCUAAAUAUAUAUCAACAGGAAAUGAAUCAUUUGAAUGAUAAAACCAUAAAUAUUAUAUAUUUGUUGUACGAUAAUAGCACAUUAUGUUCUAUAUUUAAAAUUAAAGUUUUAUUUAUCAUCCGACUUCACACACUCUAUAUUAAAUAUAUUGUAGAAUAAAAGUUCAGUUCACUUUUUGAACAAUUGAAGUCAAGUUGUGUAAAGUAAAAUCAGUAUCCAAUUGAAAAAAGUUAUUUCAAAGUUAUAUUUUUCCAUCACAAAAGUCCACAAUAAAUCAAAUGAAGUUAAUGUUAAACUGACACAUAUUACCAUAGAACAUCGAAGAUAAGCCAAUUAUAAUUCUCUACAGUUGUAAGAAAUAAAAAUUCAAAAAUGGUGAAGAUUGAAAUGGAACCAUUUAUGGUGACUACGCACCAUGGUGACUGUAGGUUAAUCUUAAAAAAUACUCAAUUAUUUUACUUACUUUAUAAUUACUGAUGAUAGAACGUUCUUGUUAAUAAAACCUGCUCAGAGUCUGGUGAGCGCAAUC